UAAGCUUUACACAGCUUUUUAUCUUCAAGCAAACUCCAUGGCAACAAACAGUGACACGCCGUUAAUCGCGCUUUUCUAAUAUAUGCCUGCGCCAUUUCCGCUGCACGCACAUGUACAUGUGUGCACAUGUAAUAAACCACUGUUAAGCGCAUGGUGCGUAUUCCAUCUUAACUAACUGUGUGUCAAAUUUGCUUGAAGAUCAGUUUGUUUCCCCACUCGCGCUUGUGGAACAUGGAAAAUGAAGUUCGUCUGCCUUCGGCCUCUUGGCAUGUGGGACACAGACGCACUACAUUAUUCCGUGUUCCACGCACGCUCGUGGAAUUACUAAUACAUGUUGUGUACAUCCUAGGGCAGUUGAAAUUCAUAAAAAUAGCUACAAACCCUAUCAAUCGCUUGUGAUAAGAUCAUCUGGAGCACUGAAUUGUUAUCUUUCUGAGCGCACAUUUUCGCCGUUCAUGCUGUCAAUGCUUCAUUGCCCAUCUGCUUUAAAUUCACGAUUCAUCGACGAGAUGUCACAUUUCAUGACCAAAUCUUCAGUCUUGCUGCUCUUCCCCUGCAUAGUCUCAUCCUUGUUCUUUCUCCUGUACUGGGUCCCCCAUGGUGAACCUCCCUGCCCUAUGGGAGUCCUCUACAAGUGCCUCCCGAUCGUUUUCCUCUGCCUGUACGUCGGGACGCAUAUUCUCCAGGACGGCCUCACCCGGUACACCGCUUGCGUCCUCAUAGGCUUGCUGUUCUCGGGGACCGGUGACGCCUACCUGGUCUACCAAAAGGACUACUUCAUCCAAGGCAUGCUGGCGUUUGCCGUGGCGCACCUCUUUUACAGCAUCGCGUUCCACGAGCGGCCCAUGUGGUGGAAGUUCAUGGCCUACUACAUGCCGUUCUACGUCAGCAUGUUCGCCAUUCUGGCGCCGAGGGUCAGCUUCAAGGUUUUCUGGGCCGGCGUCGUGUACGGCCAGCUGAUCACGGUGAUGCUGUGGCGGGCCGCGGCACGUUUGGACUUCCGCAACCCCUCCGUCUCCAAGCUCUGCGCAUUUUGGGGGGCGUUCCUGUUCUUAGUCUCGGACACGGUGUUGUCGCUGAACAAGUUUGCGAUGCCGCUGCCCUACGCACAGUACCUCAUCAUGCCGACGUAUUACGCCUCACAAAUUCUCAUCACACUCUCCAUACAUAAAGAUGUUGAAAAGCAAGACGCAAAUUCUGUGUGCGCCAAUGGACUCAAGAAGGAAAAUUAACAAAGGACUUGCAAAAUGGCAGACGAAAGAUUUACAAAAAUAAAGACUGCUAGAUGUAGAUGUUUUUGUCUGCUAUUGAAUUGAUUUUGCUUUGACAAUUCUAA